GCAAAGUGGUCGUCUUUUUAGUCCUGUGUAGUGUCCCAUAGAGGCUCUCAUUGUCCGCCGUCGUCUCCGUUGACAUUGCCCCCCUAUCAUCAACAGGCUUGCUGUUUGUGUGUAUGAGUGAGUGCGUGUGGUUCUAGGCCAACAUUGAUCGCCUGCUGGGUUGAUAGUAGCAGUGACCAGAACGGAGUUUUCCUCCAUUAUCGGAAAACGACGAAGGAUUUUCCGUCGGACACUCGACUUUGCCUCGAAGAUUCGACAGUAUUUGUGAGCAUCCACGAACACAUUCUAUUGCGUUUUGUGUGUUCGUGUUGGUUGGGGCAGCAGCAGCAGCAGCAGCAGGACAGGAUAGUCACCAGCACCAGAGCCGUGUGUCAGUCAGCGAGUCAGUAACAGAAGAGGAGGCCGUGAGAAAAAGAGAAAGCGCCGAGAACGUCGCCUUCUUCGUCGUCGUCGUCGCCCGAUUUGACGGUGAAUGUGGAUGAGUGUGCAAAUAUCUAUCAGUAGUGAUAUCUGGUGAAGAGGCGAUACACAGUUAUUGUGCUCUCGGGAGGGAAAAAAGAUCCAAGCAAGCCGAGGAAAAUAGUGGCUCCUCUGUUACUUUUGUGGAAAAACCAAAGUGCAAGGUGUUUGAGAAAUUUUUUUCUGGUGAAACCCUAAUCGCCAUAUCUGGAAAACCGAGUAUUUUUCGAUUGCGAGUGCCGUGAAAAGACCCUGGUGGAAAAAAAGGACAGUGGACGACUGAGUUCGGGUUAGAAGAAAAUUUCAAGUGGAAAAUUCACAAGGUGGCAGAAAAAUCGGCUCCGGAGUAGCAGCAAACUGUAGCAGCCGUGAACCCAUCAGCAAAGGACGAAACGGCCGCCGGCCAGCAGCAGAACAAUCAUCAUCCCUUCUAGAGCCGGUCGUGGGGAAAUAUGAGAAAUGCUGUAACAACCUCAAGGCUUGCAGCGCUUCCCACGACAACAACAACAGCAACAUCGAUUAAAUCGUCAUCUCGGCGGAGUGAGGCCCGUCGUUGGUGAACACACAUACAUCCACGACACCUGCACAAGAAGAACGAAGAAUACCUGUAUAAAUAGGGGGAAGAAGAAUUGCACGUGCGCGCGCGAAGUGGUUCGUGACUGUUGGCGAGCUUCGUAAUUCCAAUUCCAACAAGUGGAACGUGAUUAGUGAUUAGCUGCUUGUCGGCGCGGUUGCUUUCGGAAGGUGGUUUGGUUAGUGUUUGGAAGGCAACAUUCUCUCCAGCCUAGUGAACGAGAUGGCUGCCCAGCCAGUUUGUACCCGGUUUUCGGACAACUACGAGAUCAAGGAGGAACUGGGCAAGGGUGCGUUCUCGAUUGUGAAACGAUGCGUACAAAAGUCUACAGGAUUCGAGUUUGCGGCCAAGAUCAUCAACACAAAGAAGCUAACGUCACGAGAUUUUCAAAAGUUGGAACGAGAGGCCCGGAUAUGCCGCAAGUUGCAACAUCCGAACAUUGUCCGGCUGCACGACAGUAUUCAGGAGGAGAACUACCAUUAUCUAGUGUUCGAUUUGGUGACCGGUGGUGAACUGUUUGAGGAUAUCGUUGCCCGGGAGUUCUAUUCAGAAGCGGACGCGUCGCACUGUAUACAGCAGAUCUUGGAGUCGGUCAAUCACUGCCAUCAGAAUGGGGUCGUGCAUCGGGAUCUGAAGCCGGAGAAUCUACUGCUAGCUAGUAAGGCCAAAGGUGCGGCGGUGAAGUUGGCCGAUUUCGGUCUAGCGAUUGAAGUCCAGGGGGAUCAGCAGGCAUGGUUCGGUUUUGCCGGAACGCCCGGUUACCUCUCGCCAGAGGUGUUGAAGAAGGAGCCGUACGGGAAAGCGGUCGACAUUUGGGCUUGCGGUGUUAUCCUGUACAUUCUGCUAGUUGGUUAUCCUCCGUUCUGGGACGAAGAUCAGCACCGAUUGUACGUGCAGAUCAAGGCCGGAACGUAUGAUUACCCGUCACCCGAGUGGGACACCGUAACGCCAGAAGCGAAAAACCUAAUAAACCAAAUGUUGACAGUUAACCCGUAUAAGCGAAUUACGGCAGCCGAAGCCCUCAAACACCCCUGGAUCUGUCAACGCGAGCGCGUCGCAUCGGUCGUGCACCGACAGGAGACCGUGGAUUGCUUGAAGAAGUUCAACGCUCGGCGCAAGCUCAAAGGUGCUAUCCUCACAACGAUGCUUGCGACCCGGAACUUUUCCAGCAAGAGCAUAAUGGCCAAGAAGGGCGACGGUUCGCAGGUGAAAGAAUCUACAGACUCUUCCUCGACCACGGUCGAGGACGACGACUGCAAGGCCCGCCGGCAGGAGAUUAUCAAAAUCACCGAGCAGCUGAUCGAAGCCAUCAACAACGGGGACUUUGAGACGUACACCAAAAUCUGCGAUCCGCAUCUAACCUCGUUCGAGCCGGAAGCCCUGGGCAACCUAAUCGAGGGUAUGGACUUUCACAAGUUUAACUUUGAGAACGUGCUCGGAAAGAGCAACAAGGCGAUCAACACGACGAUCCUGAACCCGCACGUGCACAUCUUCGGCGAGGACACGGCCUGCAUCGCGUACGUCCGGCUAACGCAGUACGUCGACAAGCAGGGUCACCCGCACACGGUGCAAACCGAGGAAACCCGGGUAUGGCACAAAAAGGACAACAAGUGGCAGAAUGUGCACUUCCACGGCAGCCGCAACGGUAGCUUCAGCAACACUGCGACGCAGUAUGACUUUGUAAAUCACAAGUAAAGUACGGCCAAACGGCAACGGCGCCGGUCCCCGCCGAGCACCUGCGCCACCGCCUGAACCGGUCGUCCAGUAGAAAGAACGUCGCGACGACCGAUCCUGCACCGGUGGCGGGGUGAUGCCAAAUAAUCUGUCUGUCACCCAGGCACGACGGAGAGCAAGUGAGAGAGAAAGAGAGAGAGAGAGAGAGGGCAAAAGUGAAACACUGGAAAUCGAUGGAGCAAAACGGUAGUUAAUGAAAAUAUGUCAAAAUCUUUGAAGUAGAUUUAAAACUCAUUUAGGAGAUAUGGAGCAGAGGAACAUGCAAUCGUGCUGGCAAUCGGGAAUGGAAGGAGAACCGAGGUUUUAUUUACUUUAAAAAAGAUGAAACUAAAGAACACUGCAAAACAGAUAUGCCAUUGUUCGUUCUAAACGAGAGAGCAAAUAAUUCACACACACACACACACAGUUAAUAAAUUAAUGAUAUGUAAACCAAUUGUUCAAAAACAACCCAAAGCAAGUGUGACAAGAGAGGGCGGUUGAGCUAACGAUUCAAACGGAGUGGGUCGUUUCUGGUGGCAGUUUGUGGUUGGAAUCCCCGCUGCUUUAAAACAAUCUUGGGUUGAAGGUGGCCCCCGGAGUAAACAAGAAGGUUAGAAUUGAAGAGUGGCAAGUUUUCCAGCAAUCUUAAGCAUUUCGGAAAGAAGCCAGUUGAGUGCUGGAAAAUGUGAAACGAUGGUGUCAGAGUUUUAACUCAAAUUGCCUAGAAAUUUAAGGAAUCCUUCGGAAACGACCAAAAUUUAUUUUCUUCUAGAUAUUUUCACUUGGGUCAGUGAGGAUUUUACGAGAUUCAGCAAAAAGUCUUUGUUGAAGUCAAACGAAAGUAAAGCAGCAUUCCCAGAAGGCUAUUAAUCUUAGGACACUUAGGAAAUAAGUAACUUUUCCCAAUCGUAGCAAUGUUUAAGUUGCCUCUGAAAGGCCAGAAAUUUCGCUGGAAAAAAAGAUACGUAUCUGGAACAUCGUUUCUAAAACCUCUCAAAACUUCCACGACGUUGUCAGAAGAUCGCUAAACACCCUUAGGUCUUCAAGCAACUUGUGGCAAGGUGGUGGAAGUUUUGAGAGGUUUAGGAGUCUCCCUGAAGAAAAGGGUGCGUAGUUUGCUGAACCCCUUCAAUAUGUUCGAAGUUCGCUGAAUCUCUAUUUAGUAUAUUUUUUCCUUUCAGAAGUGUACUAAAUUCCUAUGAAGAUCCGCGAAUUUCGUCAGUGAUCGAAACAGGUCUUUAGUGGGCAGAGAACUUUUCCAAGCGCAUAGUCGCUCUAAAGCACGGUCAAAAUCUGAAGAGUUCAUCGAACCUUCUCCGAGCCUCGCAGCUUCUUCUGUGCUACAACUUCCUAAUGAAAAUCUCAGAACUUCCCUAAGAAGUUCAGAACUUUCGCAUAGUUUCAUAAAAGUUUAACUUUGAGAA